AUGAAAAUACACACGAGCCGUUGGAACGCGUUGAACCGACUCCACGAGCCGAGCAACGAGCGCGAAUGGUUUCCUUUGACUCGGGUACCAAAUACCGACAAUUUUCGGAUAGACACGAGCCGCGCCGAUCAUAUACGAGCCGCGCCGCGCAACACCGAUCCCACGGCUCGUGAACUGUACCGCGCAAUACCAAGCCACGCGCCGAGCCACGAGCCCCGCGCCGUGGGAACCCGGCUUAACCUACAGACGGCGUUGACCCGUCAAAAUGUAAUGAACUUUAAACAUUUACAAAAAACAAAAAAAAAACGCUUUUGUUUGCAGCUUUUGUCGGGAGAACAACACGCUCAAUGCAACGGGUGGGCCGAGAAACAUUUUAAUAUGGGCUGGGCGUGUAUAGCAACAUUUGGCGUGGCAAUAAAGUCAGCUUCGAAAGACAAAAGUAUCAGUCUGAUAUAA